UUACUGAGAAAGAGGAAAUCACAUUACUGGGCCAUGUUCCCAGCUCGACUGACUGUCCUUUCAGCCUCUCCACAGGGACUGUGUCCAGAUCAGCUCUCAUGACCCAGGAGACAGGGGCCCCGGAAAUGACUGGCACUGGGGAUCCCUGGCCUGUCUCUCAGGUUGGGCCCAUGGUUCUCAGGCUGUCAUAUUGCUGUUCUGGGUUCUGGGUCUCCCCAGGAUGUAGCUUGUCAGUAUCCAGCUUUGAGAGGGUUGGUCCCAGACCAGGAGACAGAUGGGAGGUUCUUCUGCCCACCCUGACCCCAGCCUUCUUCCUGCAGAUGGCAUCCUGUCCUUCUUGAAGAACAACAAGCCAGGGGACGCACUGUGUGUGUUGGGUCUCACGCUGGCCGACUUGUAUCCCCAUGAUGCCUGGACCUUCACCUUUGGCAGGUUCCUUCCGGGGCAUGAAGUGGGUGUGUGCAGCUUCGCUCGAUUCUCUGGGGAGUUUCUGCAGGCCGGGCCCAGUGUUCCUGACCCAGCUCUGCUGGAGGCAGCUGCAGAUGGCCCUGAGACACUGACACAUGAGGGAGGCCGGACCAUGUGCUUCAGUGCCCUGGGCAUGGUUCAGUGCUGCAAGGUUACCUGCCAUGAGCUAUGCCACCUCCUGGGCCUAGGGAGCUGUCGGUGGCUCCGCUGCCUCCUGCAAGGGGCACUUAGCCUGGAUGAGGCCAUAAGGCGUCCCCUGGACCUCUGUCCCAUCUGCCUGCGGAAACUGCAACACCUCCUGGGCUUCAGGCUCCUGGAGAGGUACAAGAGACUCCAGACUUGGACCCGAGUGACAGUGGAGAUGUGGUCUGGACAAGAGACUGGGGAACCAUCUGUGUCAGAGGAAACCCUGCCCUUCAGUGCUGACUCAGGCGUGGGCUGUGAGAGUGACACUGAGCCUGUGACCAGUCCAUCAGAGCCAGUCACCCCUGACACGUGGAGUCAUGCCUUCCCUGAUGGGCCUGAACCAGGGUCUGAGGAUGGGCUGAGCUCUCUGGUGGCCUCAGAAGUGUUGCUGAAACUCGGGGGCCCUGUGGAGGCCAUUGAGGAGUAUGGGCGGUGGCUGGAUGCAUGCAUCCAGACCCUGGAGAGGGAAGGGGCUGAAGAGGAGUUGGUCCAGGUUGAUGCAGCUGUGGACGCCCUAGGCCGGUGGGAGAUGUUCACAGGGCAGCUCCCAGUCACCAGGCAGCACCUGCCCUGUGCCAAGGAUAAUGUGGGGCUGCGCAGGGUCCUGGGGGACAAGUUUUUUUCCCUGAGGCGGCGGCUGAGCUCUCGAAGACUUGCCAAGGCCAGUUCUUCCCACUGCCGCUGGGGGGCGGAGAAUUAAUGCAGCGAGAUGGACCAUCUGAAACAGUGAAGUCAGCUCCUGGUAUUUUUUUCCUGAAGAUACUAACCCACCAUGCCUGCCCAGUGACUGAGGGUACUCUGGUAUCUUUAGGAUUAAAAGAAAUGUCCCCAGAAGCUGAGGAAAUGCUCCUUGGGUGCUUGACCACAGGGUCCCCAUGUUAUGGGGCCUGCAGCCAUGGCUGAGAGGCAGGAGGUAGCCACAUGCCUGCUUCUUCCCUACAGGAGGGGGCCUUGGUCUGUCAAAUUACUCACAGCUGGAGCUCUGGACUACCCUGUGGCAUGGGUUUUAUGGCUACGUGUAUGUUUCUGUCUCUGUCUGUGCACAUGAGUGCAGCUGCCCACAGAGGCCAGAAGAGGGCGCCAGAAUUCCUGGAUGUCAUUACAGGAAGUGGUGAGCCUAUGUGGGAGCUUGCAAUUGAACUCAGGCCCUCGGCAAGUACAGUGCACACCUUUAAUGUCCAAGCCCUCUAUCUAUCCAGCACUGUGUCUUGGCAACCUUGUGUCACUCACAUGGGGUGCUUUCUGCUCCUCAAGGCUGGCUCAGGUCUUUGUGAAGCUCCUGGAGAAAUCUGUGCCCUGUCAGGUUGACCAUUUCUCCAGACAGAAGUGGGGUGAUGGGGUGACUAUAAGCAGGUUCAUGGGGUUGUGCAUGGAAGGCAGAGAGAUCCUUUCUCCAACCCCGAGGCUGCUGCCUGUACUGUUGCUACCAGUUAGGCCAGUGUGGUGGUGGGGGCUUGCUCUUCUGUCUUCGAUGGCAUUUUUCCUGUCGCAGUCUAUAAACUCCUGACGGAAGAAUGGUGUUAAAAUUAUU